AUGCUGUUAUUGUUUAUUUCCGAUACUGCAGAUGGCGCUUUAAUUUCAGUCAAAAAUAAUAACCAAGUGAACGUAUAUACUUUGAACAAUUUAUUCACCCCAAUCAUUUCAAUUCCAGUGAACUUAACACAAAGAAUUAUAGGUGAGUCGGAUUUAUAUUUCUAUUUUGUUUUGAAGUUCAGAAGUAAUUUGAUUAAAUAG